ACGUACGAUUCGCCCACAAUCCUAUUCCUUCCCAAAACAAAUUGCGAGAAAAAAAAGCGAGACAGUGAAAGAAAGCAGAAAUGGCUGCCUCAUCGGACGAUUUCUCGGUGCUGGUCCUGGCUUCUGAUCUUGGCGUAGAUGCUCGACCCUUCUUGGCUCACGGUCAAGGAGACAAAGAAGAAGAAGAAGAGCAAGAGAACUGGCAUGAUUGCUCUGACCAGUACCUCUUUCCCGAGGAAGACUUCUCCGAUCUCGAUCUCCUCCAGUUCUUUCGCCUCCAAGGCUCAGACAAACACGGCAACCGCAUUUUCCGUGUUGUGGGAAAAUACUUUCCUGCUGUGGUUGUGAGUGGAGAGAGGCUGAAGAAGUAUAUUUUCCACAAAAUAUGCAGUGAAGUGCCAGAAGGGCCAUUCUGCAUUGUUUACAUGCAUAGUACUGUGCAAAAGGAGGACAACUCCCCUGGAAUGACUAUCUUGAGGUGGAUUUAUGAAGAACUUCCCUCAAACAUCAAGGAGAGGCUUCAAACUGUUUAUUUUAUUCACCCUGGGCUUCGCUCAAGACUAGUUUUUGCCACUCUUGGCAGAUUCUUCCUUAGUGGAGGCUUAUAUUGGAAAAUCAAGUAUGUAAGCCGCCUGCAGUACCUUUGGGAAGAUAUUAAGAAGGCAGAGGUCGAGAUUCCUGAAUUUGUGAAAAACCAUGAUGACAUUCUUGAGCAUAGACCACUAACAGACUAUGGCAUUGAACCAGACCCUUCACACUUGGCUGAAAUUCCUUCCAUGGCCUACUCAUUUGGGAGGUAUGAAGAGAGAUGGACAGCAAGGGAGUAUAUGUCAUAGUUUAGUUAUUCUAAGGAGUAGACAGUGAGGUCCAUGAAAUUGGAUUGCCGUUGAGUUGUUGCAAAUCUUAUGUAUAUACACGCUCUCUGUACAGAAUGCUCCCUUGUAUUGUGUACCUCCUCUUGAAAAGCCUGUAGCUUUCUGUUUCUGAUCAAAACUUAUGUUGAGAGAUAUUUAGUAACUCUUCAUGUUUGAUUAAAACAGUUAAAAUUUUCUAUGAUUACAUGUUUGUUUAAACAACC